AUAAUUAAUUUAGGCGUAAAGUAAUAAUAAAACAAAUACAUUUCAAUAAUUUAGAAAAAAGAUAUAAACAUAGAAAUAUAUGAAUCCCUCUAAAAUUAGCUAUUGUUAAAUUAUUACCUCAUUACUACGGCACGGCAUACGGAAGAAACAAAUAAAAGGCCAACAACAAUACAGUUUAGUUUUUGUUUUUGUAAUCAUUGCUAUUCAUCCAGUCAUUGAACGCACAAGGGGCAAUAGCUAAGGUGGGGUUUGAAGAACAUUUUAAUAAUAUUUUAGGGAGUAAUUUGUUAUUGUAUGCUGGUGCUGGUGCUGGUGCUUCACUAAACAUUUGUACAAGUUUACUGGUGCCGCUUAUAGUGAAAGAAUCAUGUUGAAAAUAGCCGCUGAAGGUUUAAUGCCGAGUUUGGUGGCCUGUAUCCAAGCUAGCUCUUCGGCCCAAAAUGCCUGCCAACGUCUGGCUCCCUUAGCAGUUUCGGCAACACAAAAAUUUCUAUCCCAAAGUCAAGCAACCAAUAAAAAGUACACCGUCAAAGAUCAUUAUGAAUUUGAUCAGAAGGUCAUCAACAGCGAUACCCCUGUCAUUGUCAAUUUCCAUGCAGAAUGGUGUGAUCCUUGCAAAAUUUUAACACCUAAAAUGAUCGAGCUACUGCAGGAUUCAAACGAAAUCGAUUUAGCCAUCAUUGAUGUGGAAUCAAAUACCGAACUGGUGGAAACAUUUGAAGUGAAAGCGGUACCCGCAGUCUUGGCCUUUCGCAAUGGUGUUGUUGUAGAUAAAUUCAUAGGCUUAGUAGAUGCUAAUAGCAUAGAAUCCCUAAUUGACAAAUUGAAGAGUAAAAAUCGCUCAGCUACAGAAACUGAGGCAAAGUAAUCUCAUCUUAAGGAUGCUAGUAGUCGACGUCUUCUUAACGUGUGUGAUGUUAGUAAUGUUCUAUAGAAUCUAAUAGUUAUACAUUUUCCAUAAAAUAUUUGUUUUCAAAUUUGAGAUUUGCCUUAAAACGAUUUAACCAAUCAUCAUAAACUAAUCAACCUUAAAAUCCUUUUUUUUUUAAUUUUGUUUUGUUUUGUCAUAAAAUUUAACAUAAGUUUGUAAAGUUUAAUAAAAAUAUACUAAAUAUA